AUGUCAGAUAGCAUAAAAGUGGCUAUUAAAGUCAGGCCUCUCAUUAAGCGAGAAAAGGAUGAAAAUUUAUCGAUACACUGGGUCACCAGUGAAAACACCAUUGUAGCUACCGAUCCUGAAUUUAGAAAGCGAUCUGAUGGUGGAUUCGAGUUUGAUCAUAUUUUUGAUACGAACGCCAACAACAACGAUGUAUUUAAUGUUGUAAGGCCUAUUGUCGAUGCUGCUGUAAAUGGAUUUAAUGGCACAGUGUUCGCUUAUGGACAGACAAGUUCUGGUAAAACUUAUACCAUGAUGGGUACUCUGGAAGAACCUGGCAUAGUACCUUUGGCUGUUGAGCAUAUAUUUGACGCAAUAACCAAUAUUCCAGGACGGGAGUUUUUAUUAAGAGUAUCAUACCUAGAGAUUUAUAAUGAAAAAGUUAAUGAUCUCUUAAACAAAAACCAAGACAAAAACACAACAGAUUUGAAAGUACAUGAAGAUGUAAAUGGUCAAGUAUUCGUAGAGUGUAAGGAAGAAGUUACAAAUAGUCCAGAGAAUGUUUUAGCAAUAAUGAAUAAAGGCAAUAAAAGCAGAAGAAUAGGCGAAACAAACAUGAAUGAGCGAAGUAGCAGAAGCCAUACGAUAUUUAGAAUUACGAUUGAAAGUCGUGAGGCUGGUGCAGGUUCAGAUAGUGCAAUACAAGUUUCCCAAUUAAAUAUGGUUGAUCUAGCUGGUUCAGAAAGAGCUCGUCAGACAGGUGCUACUGGAGAACGUUUCAAGGAAGGACGUCAUAUUAACUUAUCACUUUCAACAUUGGCCUUAGUAAUAAAACAAUUGAGUGAAUCACAAGACUAUGUAAAUUUUCGAAACAGUAAAUUAACAAGAUUACUUCAAACUUCUUUGGGUGGCAACGCAAUGACAGUGAUGAUAUGUGCAGUAACACCAGCUGCAUUAGAUGAGACUCGAUGCACAUUAUCGUUUGCAUCUAGAGCUAGAAAUGUAAAAAAUAACCCUAAAUUGAACGAAGUUAUGUCUGACGGUGUACUUUUAAAACGAUAUGCAAAACAACUAGAUAAAUUACACACAGAAUUAGAGAGAAUGAAACAGUUAACUCAAACAACUGAUUUUCAAGAAAUGGAAUCUAAAAUGCAAGAGAAAGAUCGUAUUAAUCAGAAUCUAGAAGAGCGUAUUAGAUUACUGCAAACUCGAAUUAUCACUGCCGCUAAUUGCAAUACUAUAGUAUCGUUCAAGACUAAAGAAAAAAGGAGACAGACUUGGUGUGGCACUGGUGGAUUUAAUAAAUUAAAUACAUCUUUACUUCCAACGUGCUCGCAUUUAUCACCAAUCAAGGAAAUGUCACCUAUCAAAUCACAUAUUAGAUAUAAAUCGGAUACUACUAUAGAUUCAUCAUUCCAAAUAGCCUUUGCCGAUUUUGAGCUGGAACUUAUGAAUAGUGAAGCAAAUCGUGACGAAGACAUCAGUAGCGAUGAGGAUCCAUUUGUUACAUAUCGUGACAAACAUCGCGUAAAAUUUACCGAUGAUGUAAUUGUCAAAUCAUCUAUAAACUAUAGCAACGAUAACAUCACAUUUGACAAAAUUGAGGCGUCCACUCAAACUGUAAGCAAUAACUCACCCGAUACACCAAAGCAUACUCUGCGAGAUAGAAUCCGUAAUUUGACGGAAGAAUAUUCAGAGCUUAAGGAAUUCACAACCUUGGAAAAACAGCUACAUUGCGAAGACCAUUUAUCUGAACUCCAGGAAAAACGUUCACAGUUUAAAAAGCAAUUGGAAAAUGUUACAUCUGAUAAGGACGCUUUCGAACAUAUAGCAUCUAAACUUCGUAAAAAGUUAACUGCAGCUGAAUUACAAUAUACUUUAGCAGAAGAUCUAUUAAACGUUCAAGCAGUAGAGUUAGAGAGAAUACCAGAUUUAGAAAAAAAAAUUGCGCAGUUGUCUGCACAAAAAAUAGAGGUGCAUAACGUUCCUGAUCUAUACAAACAGAUAGCCGUUCUUAUAGCUGAAAAAGAUGGAUACGAACAUGUGGCAUCUGAACUGCGAAAAAAACUUAAUGAAGCCGAACAACGCAAUAUUAUAUUAGAAGAUAAAUUAACACGAAAUGUAGAAUUAGAAAUACCAUCUAUUCAAACUUUGUCGAAUAAUGAGACCAUUUCAUCUGAAAAAGAUGAACUGCAAUGUAAAAUAACUGAUCUGCAAAAUAAGCUAACAGAAGCAGAGUCAAACAAUAAUUCGAUAAAAGAUAAACUGGAGGAGCAACAACAAAUGCUACAAAAUCUUCAAGAAGAAAAAAAUAUAGUUGCUUCUGAAAUGCAAAAUAAAUUAAGAGAAGCAGAAGAAAUUAAUAAUUCGAUAAGAGAUGGAUUAAACGAGCAGAAACUAGAAAUUCAGAAAUUUCAAGAUCAAGAAAAACAGAUUGCACAACUUAAAUGUGAAAAUCACAAAUUUAAACUUACUGUCAAUGAUCUUCAAGAGCAAUUAAUAGAAACAAAAGUAAUUAUUAACGCAAAGAAAGAUAAAAUGCAUGAAUACCAGCAAGAUUUAGAUAAAUUUCAACAUCUAGAAGAUAUCAUAAAGGAACGAAUGGAAUUUGAACGAAUCAGUAAUGAGUUGAGACACCAAUUGAUACAAGUACAAUUAAUGAAUGAUUCAAUGAAAAAUAAAUUAGAUACGCAGGAGCUAUAUAUACAAAAGAACUGCGACUUAGAGAAUCAAAUUCAAAUUCUUGCAAUCGAGAAAAAUGAAUUUGAAGUUCUAAUUAGUGAAUUAGAAGAGAAUUUGAAAGAAGUAGAAUCAAAUAAUUUACUGAAAAAUAAAUCAAAUGAAUAUAAAGCAAAUCAAUAUGAAAUUAAUUUAGAGAUCACAAAUGAAACUCUUACAUCUGAAAAUAAAUCUGAACAGAUAAUUUCCGAAUUGCAAGAGAAGUUAAAGGAAGUAGAAUCGUAUAAUAGUUUAAUCAAAGAAGAAUUAAAUGUAUGUCAAACAGAAGCGCAGAAAACGCUUGAAGAACACAGAAAAUCCGUUGAAAAUUUUGCAGUUGAGAAAAGUAAAUUGGAAGAUACAGUGUGUAAACUUCAAGAAAAAUCAAAAGAAGCAGAAUUGAAUAGCAAUUUAUUGAAGGAGAGAGACAGAAUAAAUGAACAAGAAUUGCAGUUACAGAAGAGUCAUGAUAUGGAAAAAGAGAUUGAAUGUCUCACAUCGAAAACAAAAGAGAUAUUUGAAAGAGAUGAACAAGAUUCCAUAAAAUUGUGUCAAUCGUUGAAGAGUCCUGGAAAGGAAUUGACGGAGAACCAGAGCAAAGACGAAAUUAAUCAUCUGCAAAGUCGUAUUAAUGACUUGCAAAGUAUUAUUCAAGAUAUACAGAACGAAAAUACGUACUCGGAAGAACAGGUAACGAAAUCGAUAUCAUAUAAUGAAUCCGAUAUAGGUAAUGGUGAUUCGUCGAAAGUUACAGACGAUUUAUCGAUUACGAAGAUGUCUUUAGACGAAGAUAGUGCUAAGUUAUCUGCAGAUCUUGUUUCGAAAAAUCAGGAAUUAGAUGAAAUAAAGCACAUUGUGCAAAGCUUGAAAGCAGACAUAGAAAACUUGCAACAAACUGUAUAUUUAUUAACAACCGAGAACAGCGAAUUGGCAAAUAAAUUAGCAACAGAAAAGGAAUGUAACGAGAAAUCGGCUAUUUACUAUCAGCAGACUAUCGAUGAGCUUUACGAGCGAAACUCAAAGAUAAUGGAUGAAAAACUCGAGCUCGAGAAUAAUUUAACAAAUCUUAAUGAACAAUUAGAAACUCUUCGCUCGAGGAUGCCUGAGGUAAACUUAAACGAAGAGCAGAUAAUUCAAAAGUAUGAAAAACAGAUCAAUGAAUUUCAGACAAGAAACAUAGAAUUGUUGUCCCAUAUCACAGACCGAACGAAAGAGCUUGAAAUGUUGAAAGAGAGUAAGUCGCUUUUGUAUGAACACGAUUGUAUAUAUAAAGAUAAAUUAACGAAUCUAACGGAGAAACAUAAGCAUUUAAUAGCUGAAAACGGUGAUCUUUCCACUAAUUUAAUGGAUAAAAUCGAGGAAAACGAAGGAUUAAAACAAGAAUGUGAUAUUCUAAAAAACAAACUAGAAUUAUCACUGAAAAAUAAAGAGAGCAUUGGUAACAAUGAUGUGGAGCAGUCUAGAAUGGAGAAUACUGUAUUGAAAACCGAGCUGAUGGAACUCAAAACUAACUUAAAAGCUUUAACCGAAGAAAAUUCGAAAAUAUCCAGUCAAUUAAUAGAAACUAUAGAAGAUCUAGAUAAUGCACGAAAACUCAAUUCUGGCAACAAUACCAUGCAUUUGUCGACAUUAUUUAAUAGUACCUUGAUGACUGAUGCAAUGGAUAAAUCUGCGUUAGAUGAUGAUGCUGAAACACAAAUCGUAAAUCUGCAAGAGGAAGUUAAUCAUCUCACAAAUCUCAAUAGAAAACUGAGCGAUCUAAAAUUAGGUACCUGUACACAGUGUAGCCACUUGAAUGAGUUAAACGAAAAUCGAAGAAUGUUGAAGCUCGAAGUAAAAACUCUUAAUCGUAAAUUGGAAAACUUGCAGAGGAAAUUCUCUAGCAAAUCCGCAAAGAGUGACGCGCUCAUAUUGAAGGCCAAAGAAGAUUUAAACGUAAGUGCGUAUAACUUGUCUCUUAAUGCCAGUUUUUCGGAGAACAUGAAUGUCACUUGCGUUGAGGAAAGACUUCAAUCUCUAAAUAACGAAUUACAAAUUUUGAAAGAAGAUCAUGAUAAGCUAUCGGAUUUAUAUAAAGAGAAAUGUAAUGAAGUCGAAGAAUUACAGAAUAGCACCAUCACGGAUUCAUCAUCGACUGAUGACAAGAAUUUCAGCAUAAAGAAGUUCCCAAGUAGAACUUCGUUAAGACUAGAAAAUAUCGUGAAAGUUAUGAACGAUUUACAAAAUGAUUUCAAGACGAUAAAGGAGAACAACGAAAGUGUCAAGUCAGAUCUUACCAAGUUCAUUAACGAAAAAGAAAGAAUGCUAUUGGAUGAAAUUAAUACUUUGAAGACCAUUAAUGACGAAUUGUUGCAGAAAUUGUCGGAAAGUGAACUCUUGCAUGCUACUACGUUGGAGAAAGCGGAUAUUCUUGAAAAUGAGGUACAAGAUAUGACAAAAAAAUUGCAGGAGUUUACUAUAAGAUAUAAAGAAGUUGAAAAUGCAAAGUUGUUUUUUGAGGUUGAAGUAGAUAGCUUGAAGGAAGACAAAUUGAUGAAAGAGCAAACAGCAAACGAAUUACGUCAAAGCCAUUCCUGUCUGGAACAGGAAUUAAAUUUAAUAAAGAAAGAGAAAGAAAAGCUUAACAACGACAUUAUUCUUUUGGAACAAGAAUAUAAUAUAAAGAAUGAAAAACUAGAUUUACUAAAAGCAAUGAACGACAAGUUAACCAACUCUAAAGCAGCUCUCUCACUGGAAUUCACUAAUUGUAUUAAAGAAUCAGAAAAUAGAUUGAUGGAACUUAAUGAAAAAAUAAAUAAAUGCAAUUCCGAAAACGAUUAUCUAAAACAGGAAUUGAUCAGGCUACGCGACAUAGAAAAUAAAUUUGAGAAGAUGAAAACUGAAUAUCGGUCUCAGUCACAGCAAGAUAAAACAUUAGCUGACGAUAACAAGAAGCUCAAAAAUGUAUUGAAUGACAGUUCUAAGAACAUAAUUAAGGAAAUAAAAUCUCUCGAACCUAAAGUCGAUACUCAGAAAUUUGUGGAUAAAUCAGUGGAUGAGCUGUUCCAGAUAUUUAUGCAAACUAUUUUGAUGAAAGAGAAGGAAGUAAUAAAAACUAUGCGGGAGAAUUUCGAUAAGGAGAAGCAAAAGCUCGAAGAUGAAAAACGGCAGAGCGUAGACUCGGAGAAACGUACAUUGCUGUGGGUGAAAGAACUAGAGUGUGAGAUAGAGAAACUUCAAAAGGAUCUAUCCGAGCGAGAAAUUGCAUCCGAGGACUUACAGAAAGAAAUUACACAUUUAGGACACCUUUUGGAAGAAAGUAAUCGCGAUAGAGAGAUAUUGAGAGAGAAGAAUAGCCUACUUGAGACGGAUCUCAACAAUUUACAAAUUGAAUAUAAUAAAUAUUCUAAGAUCGACACGGCGAAUGAAGAAGCCAUUGUUAUCGCACAGAAACGAGAAAAGCAAGCGCAAGAGACGAUCAGAAAUAAAGAAUUAGAAUUUCAGAGGCAGUUGAAAUCAGAGAAGGAGGCGUACAAUAAGCGAAUUGAAGAUCUCACGUGCACGAUAGAGUUGUUUAAAACGAAAAACAUGGAACUGUCAAAUAGCAUUGAAGGCCUCGAAGUUAAUCGAAAGCAACUGAAGAAUAUCAUCGACUUGAAAAGUAACGAAUUAAUGAAAAGCAAUCAAAUCAAUCAGAAAAUGCAGGCCGAAUUGGAGCAGCUAACGGAAACUUACAACGAUUUGCAUAAAGAACUGGAAGAGAAAAAGUUAUGUAUCGCGGAAAUCAAGGAACUUCUGAAAACUAAGUGCGAUGAGCUGACAGAGUAUAAAAUUAAUCUGGAGACGAUCGUGCCCGAAAACAAGCUGCUGAAGCAACAGAUUAGUGAACGGAAAGCCACCAUAGAGCAGUACAAGGUGGAAAUAGAGACUCUGAAAAUGGAAAAUAAAAAGGAGAUCGACGCGAUUAAAGAUCAAUUGAACUUUGAAGAGCUAAAGAGCACGGAGCUAAACAAACAGACAGCUGAAUCAAAUAAUAAACACAUGGCUUUGACAGAAGAGAUGAAUGCUUUGAGGGACAACUACACAACGUUAAAACAUAAGUACGCGACGUUAGAAAAGCGAGUCAGGAACAGUACGAGCAAAGCCCAAGCGGAAGAACAAAUGGAAGAACUGAAAGACUUGAACAGGUCUUUGCGAAAUAAUUUGGACGGUGCUAGCAAUCGAAUAACGGAGUUGCAGGCUGUGAAAACCGAUCUGAUGAAGCAAGUGAUUACUUUAAGCAGUCAAUAUGAUGCGGCGUGCAAAAACAAUCAAAAAUUAAAGGAAACACUAUCAUCGUCCAGAUAUAAUGAUACAUAUACUGCCUGCGAGAAGUACGACAAUUUGUUACAAGAGAAAAACAAAAUUGCAUUAGAACUGGAAGCAACGAAAGUUCAGUUGAAUCAGAAAAACAGAGACAUCGAGAAUUAUCUCCACGAGAUAAAGGAGUUGAAGGAAAAAAACACGGAACUUGAUAAAGAAUUAGACGAGUUGGCGGCUGUUAUUUGCGAGCACGACGCAGAUAAUGCGAAACUUCAAGAUAAGUAUUUUACAUGUCGUGCUGAAGCUGACGAGCUACAAGACAAGAUAAAAACUCUUGAGAAGAAAACUCAAAUUAAUCUGUUGCAAACAAACACGUCCUCCAACAAGGCCGAAAAGUUUCACGAUGAUGAAUGUAGUUGCGCAAUAUUGAAUAACAAAAUACGGGAGUUGCAGUUAGAGGUAGUAUCAAAGAAUGGAAAGAUCGCAACGUUAGAACUGCAAAUACGUAGCGGAAGUUUCCCUUAUCAAAUGAAGUGUAAAGAACUACAGGAACACCUAUCAGCAUAUAGUAACAAAAAUAGCGAGCUGAAAGCGGAAAUUAAGCGAUUACAGAUGGCUAUGAUACGUACAAGUGCAAAGGAAUGCGAUGUAUGUAAACAGAGACUAAUAAACAGGAGACAUCAGGCAUGCCAAACAAUGCCGGAAAUGUUGAAAUUUUGUGGCACGAGCAGCGGCGUAAUCGAUGACGAGAUAAGAAUAACGAAAUUGGAGAAGGAGAAACAGAUCAUGAGGGACGUGUGUCGAACUAGAUCAAAGACUAUAAAGGAACUCGAGAAGCAAAUAGAAGAAUACGAAAAAUUAUUAAGUUUGAAAAAUUCAUGA